AUGGCUGAUUUUGAUAAUGUGUCAAAAACAGGUGUCAUUCGAGCCCGGCAGCCGAGCCCGCCGCCACCUCCGCAGCCGCGGCACCGCACGCACGAUGAUGUCCGUGAGACGGACAUUGACAUUCAUCUCGACAAGCAUCACACUGACGUCGACAUUCGCAAGACGACGACGCGCUCGCGCUCGCGCAGUCGCUCCCGGCACCAGCACUACCACGACGACGACAUUGUGGCAAUCUACGACGAGGCGCGGCCCCCCCGCCGCGCGCGCUCCAUGAUGGGCCGGCCCUCGGCGGACGAGGGCGACUACAUUACCAGCCGCAUCGACGCCCGCGGACGCAUGGGCGAGGCGCGCGGCGGGGCUACGCGUCGCUGGGAGCUAAUGGACGUGCCGCCGGGCACGGAGCGGGUGCGCAUGGACGGCGCGGGCGGAGGACGCACGGAGACGACGUGGAGCCGGUACGGCGGUGAGCGGCGGACAAGGUUCCUCGAGGAGGACGGUGGCGGUGCGGUGGUGGCGCCGAUGCCGGCGCCGAUUUUGAAGAAUGUGACGACGACGGCGGAGGAUGCGACGAGCAGGGAGCGGAGGCUGAGCGUGGCGGUGGUGGAUCGGGAUACGGAGAUUGAUAUUGAGCAGAGGCGGACGAGGAGGAGGCACAGGUCGCGGUCGAGGCCGAAGGCGGUGGCGCCGCGGGAUACGUGGACAGAGGUGUCGAGGAGCUUGGUGUCGAGAGAGGCGAUUGAGAGGUUGGGAUAUCCGUAUGAGGAGUCGAAGCAUUAUUUUUAUAUCAUGAUGUUUUUGCCCUCGGACGCCGUAUCGGAACUCAUGGACUUGUCGGAAGAUAUUCGCCGCGCGCGACGCCGCAAGACGCAGCAGGAACGGUCCCGCGAGAUUGAGCUCGACAUUGAGAUUGAUCGCGAUCAUCACCACCACUACCAGCCGCGGCCGAUUCAUCGAAGACGUCGUCGGUCGUCGGGGUACUUGGAUGAGCACUUUCGGGAGCUUGAUGUGUCGAUUGACGAGAGGCGGUCGCGCGGAGGGUACUACUACUGA